GGAUACUCAAAUCAGUUUCAAACGUAACAAAUAAUAAACCUCCGUCGACUGUACCUUCGGUUACCUUCAAUGAGCCAAAGCUAAAAGAACGAGAUCAUAGUUCGGGCUUAAUUAAAGCAUAUUUACGAAUUAGACCUAUAAAUUCUGGAGAUGUAACAAAGCCAUACAUUCAAAUCGUAAACGAUACAGAGGUUGUAAUGAUUCCUCCAAAGGAUUCUCAUGCCUUUAAAACAUGCAACAAGGGACCUGAAAAAUACAUGUUUACAAAAGUUUUUGAUGAAAGGGCGUCGCAAAAACGUUUUUUUUUGGAAACGACGCUCCCGCUGGUAAAAGGUGUAUUGAAUGGAACCAAUGGAUUAGUGUUCGCUUAUGGUGUAACAAAUAGCGGAAAAACAUAUUCAAUUCAAGGUACUCGAAACGAAGAAGGUAUAUUACCUCGAACAUUAGAUACAAUUUUUAAUAGUAUCAAAAACUUAGAAAGUGAGGCGAAGCUCAAACCGGUUAGAUAUAAUGAAGUAGAAAGUUACAAUGGAAGCGAAACUAGUGUCCCUCCAAUUAUUAUAUCAAAGUCGCAUAUGGAGAAUCCAUUUAUUUUAUCGGAUUCAGACUCAUCACAAAACAAGAAUAAAG